AGUCAUCAGCAGAAAGAAUCUUCAAGUCCCCUCCCAGUGGUGCAUUCCUGCUGGCAUCUACAUAUCCAUCAAUGUCGACUCCAGGAGGCGCUGGAAAUUAGCCAUCAGUGUCUUAUCAUCUGAUAGAUCUGUAAUGUGCGGGAAUUCUGUCACUCUAUCAUUACACUCCUCGCCUGUGUUGUCAGUGGAGAUCAGGGCAUCCUUUGAGUUUGGUCGAACGCUGGGCGGUGGAGAGGUCAUCGGCGAACUUCAGAUGUCGUGGGAUGAGCUGCUCGAUUAUGGAGAUGAGCCAUUUGAUUUAUCCUUCCCACCCAUGCGUGGUGUUCAUUCUUCCAUCAAGCUAAAGGCUGCCAUUGUACAUGCUUGUGACGGUCAGGAUGACGAACUGUUUGAUUCCCUUAUAGACUGCGAGAUUGCUCGAGACAGAGAUGCAGGCCACGCACAAUUGGCCGUAUACAUGACAAGCGAGAACAUCUCUGACCUGAACGACACUGUAGAGCACUUUCAGUUGGUUCUGGACCAGUGUCCGAGCGUUCGAGGUCGCAUCCAUGUUCUGAAAACCAACAUUCAGACACCAACCAUUUUCUUGUCUUGAUCAUGGUAGCUUCAAUUCAUCUUGUAUGUAGUGUAUAUGACUUUCAAGUAUUACUGGGUUCGGUUCUACUAGUAGAAGAAGCUAAUGCUAAUGUUUGAAUCCAAAGUAAA